UGUCCGGGUCCUCUCCGCGGCGGCCGCCCGCCCGCCAUGUUUACGGAGCUGAACGAGCUGCUGGACGCUUCCCCGCAGCGGCCGGAGACGGGUAAAUUCACACUGCUGCGAGACACCAGAACAGAUGGCAGCUUCCUGGUGCACCAUUUCCUCUCCUUCUACCUCAGAGCUGGCUGUAAGGUUUGCUUUGUGGCCCUGCUCCAGUCCUUCAGUCACUACAACAUCGUAGCACAAAAGCUGGGAGUCAGUCUGACAGCUGCCAAAGAACGGGGACAGCUUGUCUUCUUGGAAGGCCUCAAGUCCUGCCUUGACCUCUUGUUUGGAGAGGAGGAGAAGCAGUCAGGACAGUCCAGUCCUCUUCAGUUUAUAAGUGAGAGCGCUUCUGACCUCAAAGCCUUGUUUGACUUUGUCCGGACGUCCCUGACUCCCACUGGCAGCGACUCCUGGAAGGGCCCCGUGCUGCUGGUGGAUGACCUCAGCGUCCUGCUCAGCCUGGGUGCCACACCAGUGGCGGUGCUGGACUUCAUCCACUACUGCAGAGUCACGGUGUGCUACCAGCUGAAGGGAAACAUCGUGGUGCUGGUUCACAGCAACGAGGAUUCAGAAGACGAGGAAAACGAACUGAUUGUGAACUCCCUGUGUCAUCACAGUGACCUGAUCCUGUGGGUAGAGGGGCUGGCGACCGGCUUCUGCAAGGAUGUUCAUGGGCAGAUUAAAAUAAUUAGGAGAGUGUCCUUGGAGCUGACAGCGGAGCAGGAUCUCGUCCAGAUCUACCAGUAUAAGAUCCAGGACAAGAAUGUCACCUUUUUUGCUAGAGGGCUGUCAGCUGCAGUCCUGUGAUGCUGCGAUACCACGCAGCGCUGUGAGCAAAGCCGGGGCGGCUGGUACCUCUAGACUGGACGUGCCACCAAACCAGCCUGGCUGCUUCACCAGCGCCUUCCAGGAGCCCUGCAGCAAACUAACCCAGGAGGGAAGCUUAAACACGUGUUGGACUGCAUGCCAACGAGGGGAUUAGCCUGCCCAGAGCUUGCUGCAUCCCUUUGUCCUCCCACCCUGUUCCCAACACAUGCAGGCCAAGAAGAAGUGCAAAAACUUGCAAGAAUGGCCCUUAGAGCGUGUAAAUACAAGCAGGGAGGAUGCCCGGCGGCCUGGGUGUGCCUCACCCUUUCUAGUGUGUUAGGGCAGGGCAGUGCCAGGCACUGCUGUGUGGAGGGAUCACCCCACCCACCCGCUGGCAUUUAAUGAGAUGACACAGAGCGGGUGGAGGCAGGGACGAUCCGGG